AUUUCCCUCCCAGUGUCUACCCAACUCCGCGAACCAUGGCACUAGUACCAAUAGGAGUGGCACAAGCCCGCAGACUCGUGGAAUCCAUCGCCGACGAAAAUGGUUAUGUGCCAGACGAGAUUUGGCAGGGGGUCUCCAGCCAAUAUUCGAAGGAGAGACUUCAACGUGUGAUCAAGGAGCUGAAUGGGGGCGUUCUUCCGGAAGUCGCUGCUCUGGCGAAAAGUCUCUACACAAGCAACACGCGGUUCAUUUUCGAAAUUCUUCAGAAUGCUGAAGACAGCCACUUUACCAAGGCACGGGAUCGAGGCGAACGCCCAUCAAUCGCCUUUGAAGUCUACGAGGACCGAAUAAUCAUUGACUGCAACGAAGAUGGCUUUACGCCAGAGAAUCUCAAAGCGAUUUGUGAUAUCAACGGGAGUUGUAAGACAGGGCUCACCCGGUAUUUCGGUGAGAAGGGCAUUGGCUUCAGGUCCUUGUUCAUGGCAGCAUGGAAAGUCCACAUCCAGUCCGGUGACUAUUCCUUCCAUUUCAAGCACAAACCAGGGGACUCGGGACUUGGAAUGAUCUCUCCUACUUGGCAAGAGCCAGAAGUUCAACUACCACACCCUCUGACUAGGAUGACUUUGCUGCUGCACGACCCUACUGAAGGAGAACCUUUCGUGAUGAAGCAAGACGCAAUUCAUCAGCAGUUCAGUGACAUCCCGGAAAUCGCCCUAUUGUUUAUGCGAAACAUACGUGAGAUUCGAAUCUCUAUCUUCGACAGUCAAGAAAAAGUCCAGAAGUCAACAGUCUUUUCUGCAACAUGGACCGGUUCAGAUCGGGCCACUUUGACUAAAAGUGUUACUGAAGGCGGAGACACCAUGACGACUUCCAAAAUUUAUCACAUCACCCGACACAUGGCUGAAAGUAAAACCCGAUCCCCCUCCGAGCUCGAGAGAUCCGAAGGACAUGCGGCUGUCGAAGUCGUUCUAGGUUUCCCCCUCUCCACAACCUCCCAGCCUAUAGUCGAACCGCAGGAUGUUUUUACAUCUCUUCCUAUAGGACAUAUGGGAUUCUCAUUCCUCAUACACAGCGACUUCGUCACAGAAGGCAACCCACACGAUAUCGCGAAGACAUCGGUGCGGAAUUUAGAAAUUCUCGACGUCAUUGCCGAUGCAUUCUGCCGAGCCGUCUGGCAAUUCUGCUGUUCUGCGGGACUCCCUUAUACCUGGAUGAGAUAUCUCCCCAACAAAGACACAUUUGAGUACGAUGGAUUCUGGUCAAAGUUGGUUACAGCUAUUGAAAACAAGAUUGCCGCCUUAGCAGUAUUGCGGCCCCAAAGUGGAGGUCCUUGGCGACAGGUCAACAAACUUCGACCACUCCCCCCUAUAUUUCUUGACUGCCAUGGAGACCCUCUAUUCAGAGACCUUGCACUGGAUAUUUAUCUAUCUACAGACUAUAAGCCUGAAGAUGCCGAUAUACUCGUGAAAUUUGGGAUGGCAAGACUCUGCUGGACAGAGGUCCUUGACAGGGUACAAAACGAUCUCAGUGCCGUGGGAUCAAGGAUGUGGGGUAACAAGACAAGUGAAAAUUGGCACACCAAAGCAGCAGAGCUCCUUUUAAUCCUAUUCAAAGGGCCAGAACACAAGUUCUUACGCGAGAGGGUGCGGAAGAUGCGUCUACUUCCACUGGCAAGUGGCCUGUCGCGAGCGCAGAACGACGAAGGCGAGGUAUACUUUUCUGAAGUUGAAGGGGUCCCGAUUCCUUCCAGCCUUCCCCUUGAUUUGAUCAAAUACAGCGCAAUGGCGAAUAGUCGGCGCUCAGAAUUAUUCAAGCACCUCGGUGUUUGUACCACAGAUGUCAACACUGUGCGCCAGCUGAUUCUCCAGAAGCAACGAGACGCACUGUCGCGAGCCGGGACCUUUUUUUCGGGUAACGCCAAGGAGCUACAAUUCCUCUACAAGACCCAUCGCUUUUCCUCAAGCACAAUGGAUAGCAACAUUGUGUUUGGGCUGGCUAAUCAAGAAUUCAAAUGUUUCUCCGCACACGUGCGGGAUAUGUACAUCCCCGAUGACUGCCCGCUGGGACCGCAGGAAUUAUUGAAGAAAACGGAUGCUGGGAACGAGUAUGGCCAAAAUGCACCAGGAAUGACGGUGGACUUUGUCCACUCCUCCUACUUUUCAGAUAUCCCCAACAAACCGCAUCCGACCUCUUUAAGUUGGCAAGCAUGGUUGUGCCGCUACGCAGGGGCACGGCGCUAUUUGAGACUGGCCACACGUUCAGGUCCUUGCGAUCUUUCCGAAGCAUGCUACUACAUCGCGAAGUACCGCCCGGAAAAGUUCCUUGGUUUUCUACGCACCCAUUGGCCCUCCGGAGGGUCACCCAUUGAACUCUCCCCUGAGCUGCAGGGCAAGCUGGGAGGCGUCCGGGUUCUGUGCGAGGAUGAUGACAUAGUGCCGCUCUCAGCUACGUAUCUUCCCCUUCCCGAUCUUGAGGAGCAACGCGCCAGGUUCCUGAAAGAGGAAGAGCCAUUUCCAUUUCUGAAGCUUGAUGGCCCCGUGGAACGUGGAACAUAUGCCAAGGAGUGGGGAUUUCUUGAACGAUGCCUCGGAGUUGGUGUCAAUCCGGAUAUGGUCUUCUACCUGACAAUUUUAUGUCAAAUCUGUAACGGGGAUGUUGUAAAAGAAACAGACGGAAGUCGAAUCAUUGAACUGUACACAGUUUUGCUCAGAAAACUUGAACAAUCGGCGUCUAGGACGGUCGAGCAGGAGUACCUCCAGAAUGUGUUCGCCAACCACUCAAGGGGAUAUGUGCCCCCGCAAGGCAAUCAAGAGCCCCAGUGGGGUGACCCUCGUCAGUGUUUGUGGGAUGCACCGCCUACCAUGGAGAGCAAAUACCCCCUGAAACGGAGGUACGAGGAGAUGCUUGCCGACGGGCCAAAUGAUUUGCAAGCUAUCACGACCCUUUUUACAGAAGUGCUCCGAGUCCCAAAUUGCACUUGGUACAACAUGGUCGAUGAGCUCAAGUACCUGAAGGAACAGAGAUGUGAGGACUUGGCAAGAAUUCGUGACAUAUACGUGCAUCUCCACGGCAUGGCCACCAAUCUGAAUGAUUCUGAUAAGUACCUUCUCAGAAAUACCUUUGCAACCGAUGCCCUCAUCUACGUUGAACAGAACGAGUACAAAGGCUGGCACCGUGUGCCAGACUGUGUAUGGUCAAGUGAAACUGAGAUCCAAGGGAAGAAGAUCUCAGGAAGUCAUUACGCAAACCUACAGGAAUUCUUUGUCGACAUUCUCGGGACUGAAACUCUUAGUAUUGAGCUGGCGUGCGACGAGCUGGUACGGCUGGGAUCGUCAACAUCCUCAGUCGAGCAAGUGAAGCAGCAGAUCUGGGCUUUAAACUCAUUUCUGGCUAACUCCGACCGCUAUCUUGCCAAUGUGCGACUCAUCAGGUCACGGAUAUUUCCCGUCAGGCAUCCGGAUGGUCGAAUUGAGCUCACUACGAUGAAGACGAACUUUGCCAUCAUCGACAGAACGCACCUGGAAGAUUUCUUCGCAACCCGAGUUAAAUCACUCGACUUCACUUUGGAUGAGACACACAGACUCCGUCCAUUUCUACUGUGGCUGGGAUUGGAAGGAAGGUUCUUAUCAAACCUGGUCAAGGAACUCACCAGUUUCAAAGGAUCAGCGAAGUGGCAUGUCUCUUCUCCGGAAUACACUAUUCCGCCAAGGGCGCAUGCAUUAUACCGUGUUGCUGCCCACUUCAACAGUCCCCGGUUGGAACAUGAUGGCAACCUCUACGAUGUCUUGAGACGUAUCCAAAUCUACGAAGUUGACCGAAUUACCUCUGAAUUUUAUCUGUCGCAGGAUGGAGAAACAUAUACCCACGAACGAAUCAGAAGUGACCUCCAUUUCGAUGACAGGACGGUACCGCCGGACAUUUUCAUCCCGCACAACAAGGAGGACAGGGCGUUUUGCUUCACAAGCAAACUCCCUCGCCGCCUCUUCGAAUGGAUGAUGACAGACCCCAUUACUGGAAAUCGCACAAUUGAUGAAAAAGGAAUUCGAAUCACCACCAAUAUUCUUAACUCCAGCCGACACCUGAUUUCGAAGAUUCUCGACGAAGAAGGUAUUGUUUCAGUCGAGGCUGAGGAUGAGUAUUGGGAAGACCAGGAGAUCUCGGAGGUCGAAUCGCAAAUUGAGCCAAUAUUUGACGCCGCUGAUAGGAUUUAUCAGAGUCAUCCAGAGCCUAUGACGCCCAGCACAAGCGGUCCUAGACGAAAUCCUGAUUUAUCAGAAAGCACUGUGGCUGCAGAUGUGGAAACCGUCGAGAACCAGGCCCUGAUGGGCCAAGUCUUCCAAGCCGCCCGAGGAGCCAGAUUCCCAAGCCCGAGCAUAUAUGACAUGCUUGGCAUGCAAGAUGCUUUACCCUCUGUCGACGACAGAGAGUUUAGCUACGACGGGCUCGAGGGACCAAUCCGGCAUAGUGACACCUCGCAACUGGAACGGAACAAGGUGAUUGGAGCAGCUGGAGAACUUUAUGUUUUUGAACUUCUGAAAUCUCUCGAACCCGCCUUGCCGGCCCUUUCGACAGCAAACUGGCAAAGCACGAUCCGCAACUACGCAGCGGUCCUUCCAGACUAUGCUGAUAUACAACCGGCGCAGGGAAGAGAGGCUUCUGAUAUCACAUAUCAUGACACAGAGGGAGCAUUUACCCGCUUGCUCAUCAACCGCGGCUACCUGGGUUCCAGAUGGGAAGCUAGGACCCCAACCUAUUUUGUUCAAGUGAAAACUACAACAGGACCAUGCAACACGCCGUUCUAUAUGAGCAAAAGCCAGUACAAACGAAUGUAUGAUCAUCAUGGCAGUGGUGGAAAGGAGAUAUAUGUGAUAUUUCGAGUCUUUAAUGUGGACAAGCAGUCUGUUGGGCUGAAGAUAUACAUGGAUCCUGUGUUGUUAGAGGGUAGUUUGUCUCAAUCUCGAUUUUGAACCAUUGUACUGAGUAGGAUCUUAAGGAAUUAAUUACAGUCAACGAUAAGCGCUGGCCAUUGCAUGAAGCUAGACGCCAUUUACAAACAUAACUUCAUAAGGUUGAGAUUUGACGUUCGCAUCUUCAAUGCGGACUUCAUGGUUAUGGCACGAUGCUG